CUAUAUGGCAAACCUGAAAAAUUAGAAGAGCAUUUAGCUAACGAAUGUCUCAAGGUACUAGAUAUAAUUCAAUCAUAUUAUGUAAAUAUUGUUGCAUUUCAUGGUUUUGAUUGCAGCAGAGAAUACCAUACCAGUGAAUAUUUAGCUUUACAAAUUAGUGAAGUUGUUGAACAAGUUGGAAAGGAUAAAAUAGUAGCUGUAGUAACAGAUAAUGCAUCAAACUGUGCAAAUGCUUAUUUGUUUGACUUGGAUCAAUUUCCUUUAUACCUUAGAAAUGAUAAUGAAUUUGAGAAUGAAGAUGAAUUAUCAGAAAUUAAUGAAAGUGAUGAAAAUAAUAGUGAUUUGAAUAAGA